GUUCGUCAAUGAAAAAUACGUUUGUGUUUACAAGCGAACUAAACGUCACAGGGCUGGUUACUGCCCUCCAGUCUCCACCCUGGAAUGCUGUACAGCUGGUAGAAAAAUGGCUGCGGCGACCAUGUCUGGGGCCGACGGCCACAGGAUGGAGCAGAAGAAGUUCGAGUAUUUCUCCUCGAUGAACUCGAUGGCUAGGAAAAUAAUGCUGGAACGGGAGAAGAUCAAGGAGAGGUAUGGUUCGGCAUGGGAUACAAUGACUCAAAACGAGCAGGACGCCGCGAUCGACAAUGGAAUGAUGGACCCACACAUCCGAACGAGAUACGCGAUGCACAAAGUCGACCGAGAGGAGGUCAUUUGCUAUCCGAGGUUACUUAUACAGACAGGACAAAAAAUUGUCCAUUUCGGCGAGGAGGACCUCACCUGGCAGGAUGAGCACUCGGCCCCGUUCUCAUGGGAGACCAAGAGCCAGCUGGACUUCAACAUGACCAGUGCUCUCCCAGAGCAACCCGUAUCUACCUCCUCCUCCUCCAUCCAGGCCGACCCUAAGCCGGCCAAAGUGGCCCAAAGCAGCCAGCUAGCCAAGGGGACCCCGAGCGGCAAGCCAUCCAACGGUGAGGGCCCAAGUCUGGGCAGCAGGCAAGAGGAGGAGUCCUCCUUUUGGAAGAUCAGUGCGGAGCGCUCCAGGUUGGAUGGGGAGAAGGCAAACUUCCUCACCCCCAGCCAGAUCAAGUCCUUGGAGAAGGGCGAGAAGCCACUGCCCUCCUACCUGCGCCCCGAGACCCCUUCCUCCUCCUACCUGCGUUCGGAGACCCCCUCUCCCUCCCCAACCUCCAAGGAGCCAGAGGACCCUCCUCCACCGUCCAGGUCCAGCAAGCAGAGAGCCCCAAGGCCCCCCGCCCCUCCUCCUCCCAUCCCUGUCGCCAUCGCCGUGACCCCCGCCGCCAUCAGCGCCGCCCCUAGCCCCGCCCCCGUCAGCGUGUCGUCGACGGUGGCCGGCUGGGAGCGCGCUCAGAGCACGCUGCCGUCGGUUAGCAGCGCCCCCGAAGAGGUGUUUCUGCCGGGCGCCAAGACCCCCGCUCGCUCAGGCAGCGCGGCGCGAGACGGAGACAGGGUGGAGUCUCCUCCACUGGCCUCCAGCCCUACCUUUGCACAGUUCAAUACGAGCAACAACAUCCUGAAGACCGGGUUUGACUUCCUGGACAACUGGUAACGACCAGUAACGCCACACUGCUCGACGGGCCAGGCCGACAGCAGGUGCACCAUCAGGAUCCAGGCUCAGCUGGCCCGUGUGUCUGUCUCUCUUUAUGCUGCCUGCUCGCACUCCUCUUAUCACUCUGAAGGUGUUCAACGUCAUAUCCCUGUCAUGUUAUUCCAGAUUAAAUGAAGUGUCACUGA